ACUUCUGACCGCGUGCGAAGAAACGACGCCAUUUUGAUACUUGGGGAACAUUUAUUGAUUCAUAACAAGACAAUUUUGGUGUAAAAAAGAUAAAAAGGGACUUGAGAUUUGAUCUAUAAUCUCAAUCAUGAUGUCUACAAAGAUUCUCAACUCAAGAAUCCCGCUAAACUGCGCGGCAGGAGCUGUUCCAGUUCGAAAUGAAAAAGGUGAAAUAACGAUGGAGAAAGUGAAAGUCACCAGAUAUGUUGCUGGAAAAAGACCAGAGUACGCACGAUAUUCAAGCGAUGAGGAAGAUGAUGAGAUGGAAGUGUUUGGUGAGCAAGUCAGGGGGGUGCAAGAUGAAGACGAAAACCUUGAGCAGGCAUUUGAACAAGGUGAGAAAACAGACAGACGAUUACGACGGCUACAAGAAAGAGCUAAAGAAGAAGAGGAUGGGGAAGAUGUGCGYCGACAUCGUUURCAUGAACCUGAGGUUAUAGCCACUGGAGAUGAUCAUUUAUCUGCCGAYGAGAAUGAAUCUGAGGCAAGAAGACGUGUUAUUCCAAUGGAAGAGGAGAGCAGUGAGGAAGAGGAACUAGAUGAAGAGGCUAUUGAGAGACGACGUCAGAUGCUUAGACAAAGAGCUAGACAGCAACAGGAAGCCCAACAGGAUUUACUUGAUCUUGAAGAAGAAUCUAUAAUCUCAAUCAUGAUGUCUACAAAGAUUCUCAACUCAAGAAUCCCGCUAAACUGCGCGGCAGGAGCUGUUCCAGUUCGAAAUGAAAAAGGUGAAAUAACGAUGGAGAAAGUGAAAGUCACCAGAUAUGUUGCUGGAAAAAGACCAGAGUACGCACGAUAUUCAAGCGAUGAGGAAGAUGAUGAGAUGGAAGUGUUUGGUGAGCAAGUCAGGGGGGUGCAAGAUGAAGACGAAAACCUUGAGCAGGCAUUUGAACAAGGUGAGAAAACAGACAGACGAUUACGACGGCUACAAGAAAGAGCUAAAGAAGAAGAGGAUGGGGAAGAUGUGCGYCGACAUCGUUURCAUGAACCUGAGGUUAUAGCCACUGGAGAUGAUCAUUUAUCUGCCGAYGAGAAUGAAUCUGAGGCAAGAAGACGUGUUAUUCCAAUGGAAGAGGAGAGCAGUGAGGAAGAGGAACUAGAUGAAGAGGCUAUUGAGAGACGACGUCAGAUGCUUAGACAAAGAGCUAGACAGCAACAGGAAGCCCAACAGGAUUUACUUGAUCUUGAAGAAGAAGUCAAAUCGGAGGCAGAGGAGGAAGAAGACUCAUCAGAGUAUGAGGAAUACACGGAUUCAGAGGAAGAAUCAAUGGGGCCAAGAUUAAAACCAGUGUUCGUCAGAAGGAGUGAUAGAGUGACUGUCCAAGAAAGAGAAAAAAUGGAAAUGGAUGAAGAAUUGAAAGAAGAAAAGAAAAAGAAAAUAAUGGAAGACAGACGGAAAACGUCACGACGACUAGUUGAAGACUUGAUCAGAAAAGAAAGACAGGAAGAAGCUGGAGUGGAAAAAGAGGAAGAUGUUGUUAUCUCGGACACAGAAAACGACGAAGAAGCUUAUGAAGCAUGGAAAGUACGAGAACUUAAAAGAAUCAAAAGAGAUCGCGAAGAGCGAGAUCAAAUGGAGAAAGAACGACAAGAGACCGAACGACUUCGAAACAUGACCGAAGAAGAACGACGACAAGAAAUUAAAAACCGACCGAAACAAGUCACAAACAAAGCAUCGAAAGGAAAAUAUAAAUUCUUACAGAAAUAUUAUCACCGUGGAGUGUUUUUCUUGGAUGAAGAAGAUACCGUUUACAGGCGAGACUUCGCUUCGCCAACUCUUGAAGAUCAUUUUGAUAAAACUAUCUUACCUAAAGUCAUGCAGGUCAAGAACUUUGGUCGCUCUGGCAGGACAAAAUACACUCAUCUUGUCGACCAAGAUACCACGAAUUUCGAAUCAGCUUGGACACAAGACAAUCCCCUCGCUCUUAAAUUCCAAUCUUUGCACUCAGGAGGAAGCAGGCAGUCCUUUGAAAGGCCUUCGAAGAAACGGAAGUGAUAUCACCAUGUUCACAUGACGCGAUUGUAUGUCAUGUGAUGAUAUGGAGAAAAUCACGUGUUCAUGUGGGGCAGAGCCACGUGACAUAGAAAUGAUGUCCUCCCCCCCUCCCCCCCUACCCCCCUCAAAAAAGUCAUCUUUCCUCGGAUAUUAUUUCACGCCUUCAUUCGCAAUUCAGCCAGUAUAAAGAAAAUUCUUAAACAACGGUUUGAAAGUUUUUCCUUUGUAAAUAAACCGUGAUUAUUAUCAAUUGUUCCUC